AUUGCUUUUGUUAAUUGUAUCUAUGGUGUUUCGUUAGAUUGUAAAUAUUUUCUUUUGCUUGCUAAACUUCUGAACUGUUCCUGAAAUUUACUGAGUUUGUCUAGUGCAGGAUACUAAUUUAACUCGAGUAAUUAGAAUGGUCUAAUAUAUUUACAGAGAUGAUAAAGGUUCCCGUGGGGAUGUGGCGGGCCAGGCUGAGCUGGUGUUGCGUUCGCCAUGUGCACGGAGCGAGUCGAGCCCUGCAGCAGCACACCACCGAGCCCAUGCCGUUUGAAGUGGAGUUUGCGGCGUCGCACGUGGCGGUGAGCGGGUUCCAGCGCGCCCUGCUGGCAGCGGGCAGCGCGGCCGUGUCUCUUCUCGACCCCAGCCGCGCAGACGCCAUCGCCAUCCUGGGGGAGACGGCGGGCCACUCCGCCGUGCGGCACAUGCUGCGGCGCAUGGAGAGCCACCCGGAGGGCCGCGAGAUACUCAGCCAACGACCACGCAUCAACUCCAAAACUGUUGAUCUUCCAAAACUUGAGAAAAUGCCAGAUGGCACGCUGGGGAAGACAUACUGGAACUUUUUGUCAUCAAAUAAAGUGACCCCGGACUCGCGUCUGAUGGUGCAGUUUGUUGAUGACGUGAACAUGGGCUAUGUCAUCCAGAGGUACAGAGAAGUGCACGACCUGGUACACACCUUGCUGCAUAUGCCUACAAACAUGCUCGGAGAAGUGACGGUGAAGUGGGUGGAGGCCUUGCAGACUCGACUGCCAAUGUGCAUCGGAGGCGCCCUGUUCGGGGCGAUGCGACUCGCCCCCAAGCAGCGGCGCAGCUACACCAAGCACUACCUGCCGUGGGCCAUCCAGACCGGCAGCACUGCGGAGUUCCUGAUGAACGUGUACUACGAGAAGCGCUGGGAGCAGCCUGUCGAGGACCUGUGCCGAGAGCUCAGGGUCCAGCCUCUCGCUCUGCCCCACACAGUCUAGCCGAGUGCUUUGUCAGUAUGCAUGGUUCAGGGCUACGCAGACACUUUCAUAACCAGUCUGUUGCUGCUCAGAAUUCAGUGCAAACAUAGCCAGGUUUACACUUGUCGAAUUGCCAGCAAGUCAAGAAUAGUUGUUACACCACUUAAUAUCUUAAAUAUGACUGGCUGCGUAUCUGUGUUUCUUUCCGUUUAUGAACAUUAAAGUAAGAGUUGGUGUAAAAGUAACUAAUUUGUGUUUGUGGCAGUUAAACAUUUUGCAGUCUUCACAUGAUUGAAACAUGCUCACAAGCCAUCAGUGUUGACUUUGUCAUCUGGCAGAGAAAUGACGGAAGAUUUUAAUCACGGCUUUCAUUAAUGUUAAAUUAAAGGUGAGCCAGAAUUGUUAUUCUGUAUUUUUCAGACCUGAUGGUAAAAAAAGGUAGACAGUAAACGGGUCUUCUUUGUCAAAACAUUUAUUGAUUAGUAUAAAUUGAUUUUACUUUGAAUAACUCGAGUGUACUUAGACCCAUUCUAAUGGAUUUAUAGAAUAAAAGUAGAGUCAUGCGAGUAUGGACUUUUAAGGUCAAGUCGAGUUCGAGCGAGUAUUCAAGAAAUGUUUCGAGUUCGAGUAGUAAAAUCCAUAAAUAUCCAUUCUUUAUAUAUAACUGUCAUGUUUAAAGACCAGCAAAUAUCAAGGCCCUAUAUAAAUCUCGGGUGUGAGGAUUCUCAUUGCUGCAAAUAUUUUCAUGGUCUUUAAAAAUUUUGUUUCUUUUGAAAAUGCAGAGCAUUAUUAAAAUUUACUUGUUAACAAAAAAAAAUGUAUAAAGGCAUGUUUUAAUCACUGACACCGAGCAAAAUUUUAUUCAAAACCAUAGCAUAAGUGGAAAAGUAUUUGUCAACAUUCUUACCAGUCACCAAGCUGCAGGGUAUAUUAAGGAUUUACACUGUUUCAGGAAAUUUUUGUAGCCAUACAAUAAAUAUCAAUUUUUUUUACAAUAGUUAUACUGUAUAUAUUUUCAUAUACAAGCCUAAUCCUAAACAAAACUCAAUAUUAAAAAAAAAAAAUACAGCAACAUUUUACUAUAGCAGUGAUUAUAAUCAACAUUUUUGUAAGUCUUUCAUGGAGAAACACCAGCUGUUCAAUGUGCUCUGUAGAAAGGUUUUCUUGGCGUGUGGAUACAGUGUUUCCAGCACAUGAAAACAGUCUUUCACUGGCCACUUGUGUGGCAGGUAUAGCCAAAUAAUGCUUUGCUACACCUUUCAAUAAAUGAAAUUGUUGCUGGUUGCUGUGCCACCAUUGACAGACAUUGUCAGUUCGGUCAAUUACUGGUUCAGAAAUAAAGUUUUUAAGCUGAUGUUGUGCUUCAUCAUAAAGUGUCCCUGUAAAAGAAAUAAAAUUUCAAAUAAAA